GUUUUGUGUACAAAGCAGUGUAGCCAGAUUUGGCAUAAUUUAGUGUAUCGACGGCGACAUUACUAACGACGAACUUCUUUAGCAUAUAACGGAGGCUUGGGGAAAGCAUAUAGGCACAUUAUACAUAAGCAAAUUCCAUAAUGAAAGAAAGAUGUACACGGAAAUACAUGUUUUAAGACACCCUGAUCAUGCUUUAACUAUUGAAAAGAAAGAAAUUGUUUGUAUUAUUCCUAUGAAUGAGCAUAUGUAUACAUAUGUAUGUUAUUAGUACGAUUGAGUAUAAAUAACUAAUUAAAUUUAUUAUUAUACCAUAUUCGUGGUAUUAUAGCGGAAGUUGUGCGAAGUGCUGACCUAACAUAACAUGUGCCUCGUGCGGUAGGAUAUGUCGGCUUCCUCCACCACUCGAUUAUGCCAAAUCUAGCCACAGUGGUACAAAGUUUUCUUUCUCGAUGGAUGAAUUAGGAGUAUAUUGGGUAAAAAACGCGUUUACUAUUACCCUAAACUAUUUUACUUGAAAUAAAUUCAAAUCUGGUUAAUAUAAUUUGAUUCUUGGUUAAGAAGACAUAACCUAAUAAUAAUUCGAUCGAAUACAAUUUAAGUAUAGCAGUAAUGAUAGUAAUUAGGUCUUUUACCCUACAUGUGCUAUCUGUAUACGAUUUAUAAAAUGGGUAAGGUAUACAAUAUGAAUGAAUAGUUUUUGAAACUGUUCCGUGCAAGUGUGUGCACCAUGUCGACCGAACUGGAUAAGUCACAAGUUGGCAUUUCCUUAUCCAGGAUCCAUAAUGAAAACGAUACAAAAGAAGAUUCAACACCUUAUUGCGAUAGUUUGACAAACGAGACAAAAUUGCAUGACAUUUGUAAAUGGGACGAACUUGAUAAUGUAGUAAUAGAAUAUCACGAUCUGGAAAGAAUUAUGUAUAUAAAUUACAGAGAACUAUUUGCCGCAAAAGCUAUGCUUUCCGAUCUUUUAAAAUGCAUAGAAGGUUUUGAAUUUAUUGGUAUAAAUUUUGAUGUUCCUCGAUAUUGUGUUGUUUCUUUGAUGCUUGGGAUUUUAGUUAGUAAACACAGCUUUGUGAAUAUACCGUUAGACGAAACAGAAUAUACAAAUUUGAAAAAUUCUUUGCACAUACGUUAUUUGUUUUCCAAACAAAUAAUAGUCGAAGGAGAUAUUGUAAAACAAUUCACGAUACAUAGCGAAUGUAUUUAUUUGAUGAAGCUGAAAUAUGUUGAAAAACGAUUUACACAAAGCAUAGAGUCAAAUUAUUAUGCUUACGCUAUCACUACCUCUGGCUCAACUGGAUCAGUAAAAAUUGUUAGAGCGACUCAUGCUUCUAUAGUACCUAAUAUCCUCGAUUUACGCACAAUUUUGGCUAUAAAGAAAUCUGAUAAAAUUGCUCAGUUAACAAGCUUUACAUUUGAUCCUAGUAUUGUUGAAAUUUUUCUUGCUCUCUCAAGCGCAGGGUCCUUAUUUAUGGCUUCAAAGCCAUUGAGAAAUAAUACAACUAGAUUUUUAGAAGUAGCUUAUUCUAGUAAAAUUACUGUAUUACAGAUGACUCCGUCAAGUUUUUUGUAUUGUUGGACGGUCGAACAUUUAAAAGUCACUAUUCUAAAUAAUGACACUUCACUCAGAGUUCUUCUUUUGGGCGGAGAACCCUUUCCUAAAGUAGAAUUACUUCUUGAAGCCAAACAUCCACGUAAUAAUACAAAGAUCUAUAAUAUUUAUGGUAUUACCGAGGUGUCAUGCUGGGCUAGUAUUAACGAAAUUGUAACAACAAAUCCACAGUUUAACACCCAUUACUUGGGACAACUGUUAUCGCAAACCAUAUUUCAAGUUAGGAACGAAAAGGGAGAAAUAGUGACAAAUGGUACAGGCUGCCUUUAUAUAGGGAGUAAUAAUAGAAUUUGCGCAAUAGAUCAUGAAAAUAUUGAAGAUUUAAAGGUACCAGUAUAUCGCGAUACCGGUGAUAUAGUUUAUAUCGAUGAAAGAAGUAGGAUAUUUUAUAAAGGAAGAAAUAAUAGUAUUAUAAAAAGAUUUGGAAAUAAGGUGGAUUUAACAAAACUCGAGGAAUGUGUUUUACAAGUAAAUUUUGUUAAAAAUUGUUAUAUAUUAUGGGACGAGAGUUGUCACAAAUUACAUUUGUGUUUAGCUACUAAGAAAAAAGUAGAACAGUAUCCCAGCAUUAAUAUCGAUAUGAUGAAACACUUGCAAAGAUUACAACCUUUGUAUAGACCAGAUAAUAUUCAUAUUUUGGAACAUUUUGAGUAUACGUCUAGUGGAAAAAUAUCUACAGAAUUUUUGAGAAAACAUAUACAAGAACAGACAGUAAAUAGAACCAUAGGCAAUAUUGAAUUACAGAAAUGUGAAGGUAUAUUUCAGUCUCUCUGGAAAAAUAGUCUAAAAUGCGAAAUUAAUGGAUUUUUGCAAUCGGGCGGCACGUCGAUAAUAGCGCUUCAAAUGUCGAGUACUCUGUCCAACGAAGUCAAUAUUGAAUUCCCUGAAUUAAUUGGUAUGCUUUUAAAUGAUGCUACUGCUAAUGAUUGUCUCGAUUACAUAAAAAGUAUAAUACUCGAUAGUCUUAAAGACAAAACAAGCAACCGUUCAGAGUAUCAUUCCGACGACAAUCAAACGGUAUCUUUAAUCAAUGUUGCUACAGAGGACAUAAUAUUACCAAAAUAUAAUAAUGCAGAAACACAAGAUUCUAAUCCCAUUAAUAUGGGAAUUGAAAUAUGUACGUAUCAGUGGCAUAAAUGCAAGGGACAAGUAUACAGUAGUGAAGUAAUUGUAAAAGAAAAGCCUACGUUACAAUAUAAUACAAUUUCAAAGAUCGAUGUAUUAAAAACGUAUAAUUUACGAAAAUGCGUAGAUGCAUCGCCAACUCUGUUUCAUUAUUCAGAUGGAAAAACGUAUGCAACAGUUGGUUCGCAUUCUGGUCUUAUUUCCACAUUCCAAUUAGGAAAUGAAAAUUGCAUUUCUGCAUUCACAGUAAAGCUACCAGACAGAAUUGAAGCUUCGGUGUUAAUUCUAGACGAUUUUCGGGGUGUAGUGGGUAUGUUUUUUAACGCACGAAAGAUUUAUUUAGAUUACUCAAUUGUCUAUUUCGCAGGGUGUUACGAUGGCAAUGUGUAUUGCCUUUGUUUAAAAACGGGAAUAGUUAUUUGGAAAUAUCAGACGGGUGGUGUUGUAAAAUGUUCUGCGAUUCUUUGCAAAGAACGAAAAACAAUAUUCGUUGGUUCCUAUAACUGUUACAUAUAUUGCCUCUCUGCAAAGGACGGAUCUGAAAUUUGGAAAGUUAAAAGUAGUACGGGAAGUGUCAGUGCUUCCGGUUCUUUACACUCCCUAUCGAAUACCGUCCUGUUUGGAACUUUAGACGGGUCUUGUUUAGCGUUGGAACAGUUGUCAGGAAAAGUUCUUUGGAAACAUAAACUGUCGGAUCCGAUUUUUGUUGCACCCGUAACGUUAAGUACCGGGCUGGUAUUGUUUUGUUCUGUAACAGGAACAUUGUCAUGUUUCGAUAUCGAAGUUAACGUCGAGAUGUGGAAGUACAAAAUUAAUGGCAACGUGUUCUCGUAUAUUGUGAAACAGUUCGACGAACUUACGGGGCGUGAAAAUAUUAUUCUUUCCAGUCAGAAUAAGAAAGUGUAUUAUCUGCAAUCUUUAGAUUCAAAUUUUAGGACCGAGCCUACAUUAAAAUUCGUAUUAGAUCUCCAUUCGGCAAUUUUUGCCACACCCUGGUGCCAAGAUAAUAUUUUGUUUAUAACGUGUACAGAUGGUACCCUAUACAUUUAUAACUUUACAACAAAUACGCUGACAAAGGUUGGAAAGCUUCCUAAUGAAGUUUUUUCAUCGCCUGUCGUUAACAAUGAUAUCGCGGUCGUUGGAUGCCGGGAUAAUAAUGUAUAUGUCUUGAAACUGACUGAUACGUAAAGAUACUAUUUAUUUUUUAUUCGAUGUACGGCUAUUCUAUUGGUAUAUAGUUAGAGUAGAUAGGAAUACAAAGUAAUGAAAUUAAUACAAUAUCGUUUGUUUAUUUUUUUUACGACUGUCACAUUACAGUUACGUGAAUAACACUUUAGAUAAAGUAACGGCGGAAUAUGUGUCCGCCAUUUCAAUGAAUUUUGCAUGUGAUACAAAUUCGCGGGUGUGCUUACGAUUUUUAAGCAAGAAUACAAGCAAACUAAAAAUUCUGAGAUUUAGCCAAUCAUUCGUUAACAAAACAUUCACGCAUAAAUAAAUGCAGACGUGUAGCAGUUUCCGAAACAAUGCAUAUCCGUGCAUAGUUGUCUUUUCGAUUUGUUGAUACGCCCCCCCCCUCCCCUCCCCCCCUUAAUUGAUAAUGAUUGUGUCAUAAAUAUUGGGCAAGGAAAUAUUCUGGUUCUCAAGCUCACAUAAAAUAACGUUUCAAUGAUUUCAUCAUUUGUAUACUCUCAUUCUUAUAUAUUUGAGAAUGAUAAAGAAUAUACAUAUAUCUAUUUAAUUUAUAAUUAAAUGCUUGGCCGCUUUUUGAACCUUCUUUUUCCCUAAUAGUUUGACACCGAUCCCCUCCUGUAAUCAUUUCCGUCACAGGCAAUUUCUUCUUUGCGAGCGCUUUAACUCGUGCACUUCCUCUCAAUAUACAUAUUUGAAAUUUUAAAUAAUAUCAGAACUAUAUGUGCAGAAGUAUGACGUACUUUCUAAUACUAGAUCGCGACAUGCUAUUUAGAUACAUGCGUAUAGACUUCAUUUUUUUUAAAUUAUCUCUAUAUUCUUGUACCUUGUGUUGUAACACAUUUUAACUGUUUGCAAAUAGCAAUAAAACUAUAGGUUUCUUUAACAUUCACAAUCUCGAUAAACGGUAUUCUUAUUCAUUCGGUUGAUAGUUAAAAUAUAAUACAUUCACAAAGUCGUAAUAAUUGGCGCUGACAUGUUUACCCUAAAAAACACACUUGUGACUUGUCUAUAUGCAUAGAUAUACCUCGAAACGUGUUGUAAAUUUUCUUCUUUUUUUUUCUCUCUUUUUUUUUUUUCUUUUCGUAUCCGUUUAAAAUGUAUCGAAAAUAUUCAGAUGAUAGACACGGUACAAGUUUAAUAACAAUCUUUCGUGAAAAUGUCGUAUUUACGUAUGUACUUUUAGACAACAAUGU